AUGAAAUUGGCAACCUUCGAAACAUUAAAUGCAAUCACAAGACACACGUCAUCCCAGAUACCAACGAUCUGUCACCCUCCAAAAGAGCUAUCAUGUCUGACGGCUGCACCAGUUGCAGGGGCGCUAACUACACGGGCGGCUGUCUACAACUGGCCGCGCCCGGAAGUCCGGCUGCCUCGGACGCGAGUGCAAGGACGAAAAGGCGCGUCCAGGUGCGUGCCAAGGUCCUCUACGGAUCCGGCAAGGCCAUCGCCAGCCUACAGGCUCAAGAAAAAGCGGCAAGACACUAGCGGCGAUAGACUCGCCGUACUCGCGCUUGCGACAAGCUACGGGGCCGACGACGAGCGACCGGAGCCCCUCGAGCUGUCGAGCUCCUCACGAAGGUUCGCGGGGCCCCGUAAUCUGGCCGAGUGGAGGAAUAGGUCAAGCCAGGGGACGAGGAUCGAGCCGAAGGAGAAGGACUUUGUCGAGGCCGCAAAUUUUGGCCUCAAGGCGAUGAACGACCUCUAUCACGUCAAGGAGCCCAAACUUUACUCUAUGGGUUUAUUUUUGAGCCCGACCAAUCCUGCACGUUAUGUUGCUGCAUUUAAUGAUCAGUCAGCAGAAGCCAAGCACUUAGCAAAAUAUGGUUUCGCAGCUCUUGAAGCGGCCAAAAAAAUUCGUAGCAAAUUCCCUGAUAUUUCAAGACAAUCAUCAAUCUCACAAACAAACGGACAAAGUAUUCUUGGUCAACAGUGCCCAAAAAAGGGAAUUCCGCAAUGUCCACCGGCGAGCUUGAAAUACAGGACGUCGGAUGGAAGCUGUAAUAACCUCAAAGAGCUUUGGUGGGGAUCUGCCAUGUCGACAAUGCAAAGAUUCUUGCCGUCGGCGUACGAUGAUGGCAUCGAGAGUAUACGCAGGUCAGUGACCGGAAAUCCAUUGCCAAGUGCUCGACAAGUGAGCGACCAUAUACACGAGGAGCGUGACGCUCCUCUCAUCUCCGUCACGCAUAUGUUGAUGCAAUGGGGACAAUUUAUCGAUCACGACAUAACUGCGACGGGACAAAGUACUGCAUUCAAUGAUUCGGUACCUCAAUGUUGCCUAAAUGGCGGCUUAGGUUUUCAGCCUUCGGAAUUUAUGCAUCCAGAUUGUCUACCCAUUGCCGUUCAUCCCCAUGACAGACAUUUAAGUAAAUUGUCCGUCCGUUGUCUAGAGUUUGUUAGAAGUGGUCCAGCCCCAAGGGAGAACUGUGAUUUUGGACCAAGAGAACAACUCUCGCAAGUGACGAGUUUCAUCGAUGCCUCCACUGUGUAUAGCAGUAGUGCUCGUCGUUGCGACAGCCUCCGGAUUUUCCGAAAUGGUCUUAUGCAAUAUGGUAAAAUACAAUCUCGAAGGCCAGUUCUGCCUCGCGACGAUUCCGAUCUAUGUCGACGAGGUUCCUUGUCAACGAGCUGCUUCAGAGCUGGCGACGGACGCUUGAGUGAACAGCCGGCACUCAUUUCUCUACACGUCAUCUUUUUACGGAUGCACAAUCGUCUUGCAACUUUAUUAUCGGCUCUCAAUCAGCACUGGAGUGACGAGAAGAUUUUUCAAGAGACUCGUAAGAUUGUCGGGGCUCUCGUUCAACACAUAACUUAUCGUGAAUUUUUGCCAAUUGUCUUAGGGGAUGAAGUGAUGAAAAUAUUCGAUAUCGAACCACUACGAAAAGGCUAUUACAGGGGAUACGAUCAGUUGGUUAAUCCAAACAUUGCCAACGCUUUUUCUAGCGCCGCAUACCGUUUCGGGCAUUCGUUAGUGCAACGAAGCUUUAUACGAUUCGAUAGACAUCACAGGCCAAUUUUGAACAAUGUAACAAUUCACGAAGAGUUCAGUAAUCCCGUAAAUCUAGAAACAGCCGGCUCAGUCGAUCGCAUUUUACUCGGCCUAAUAAAUCAGCCAUCACAGAAACGAGACGAGUUCAUAUCGGAUGAACUAACAAAUCAUUUGUUCCAAACACCUGGCUUUCCAUUCGGCAUGGAUCUGGCAUCGUUAAAUAUUCAACGAGGCCGCGAUCACGGCAUCCCACCAUUCGUAGAGUGGAGAAUUCCUUGCAUGCUAAGUCCCAUUAGAAAUUGGAAAGAGCUUGAGCGAAUAAUGGUACCAGAAACAGCGAGAAAAUUUAAAGAUCUUUAUACUGCAGUGGAAGAUAUUGAUUUAUUCUCCGCUGGUCUCGCCGAGAGACCAGUUGUUGGUGGAUUAAUCGGAGCUACAUUUGCUUGCAUCAUUGCUCAGCAAUUUAGGAGCUUGCGUAAGGGUGAUAGAUUCUGGUAUGAAAAUCCUUUUAUAGAGAGCAGUUUCACGCCUAAACAGCUUCAACAAAUAAGAAAAGUUACUUUGGCUCAAGUAUUGUGCCGUACAUUGGACAACAUUGAUAAUAUACAACCAUUUGUUAUGUUAGCCGCUGAUAAUAUCAGAAAUAAGAGAUUGAACUGCGAUGAUCCCAUAUUGGAUCAAAUUAAUUUAGACCCGUGGAUAGAAAAUCCUUUGCAGCAGCGUGAAUCGUCGGUUACAAAUGAAAGUACUUAUGAUGAUGAUGAGGAAAAAAUUGAAUCAAACGCAGAUGAUCGGGAUACGGAAUCGCGAGUUGUAUCGAUAAAAAAAUUUAAUCAAAGAGUUCCACAAAGGCAAAAUCCAGUUAGAUCAACGAUUAAUCAACAAAAUCGCAUCGUUGUAAAACGCCCAAUUGGGCCAGGCGAGAAUAUUACGAUUAUUGUUAAUAAUCACGCGGUACAUUCGCCAAUUAUUAUUCGCGAUUCGAUGUACGGAUCAAAUAUAAAUAUCGAUCGUCCAUUAAAUUCGGACAUCGGGCCAAAUCAAUCAAAUAUACAAUCAAACAAACAAAAUCCAACGACUGUAAGCGAAAAUUUUAUUGAAUUAAUACCAACUACGCAAAAAUCUACAUUUUCUCAACGACCAUAUAAUUCAUUAAAACCGUCGCAUCUAUAUUAUCCUCAUAAUUUUCAAGACCACAACAAUCCUAAUCCGCCAAAUUAUGGUUUAAAUGCAAAGCCAUUAAAUAACUAUUAUCCAAACAAUGAAUUUUUUUCAUACAAUCUUCCAAAUUUAAUAAACACGGUUUCACCACAACGACAACAGGAUAGUUUUCAUGAAAGUCAAGAAGGAUUUUAUUUUGUUACAAAAAAAACUAUACCAAGAGAUCGACCAUCAUCAAAACCUCAAUUAGGACAAAAUAAUUUUUAUGAACAUCAGCAACAAUCCUACAUUUCAACAAAAAAACCUAAUUUAUCAUACCGUCCAAAUAUAAAGCUCACAUCUAUUGCAUAUAAUCAAGGAAUAGAGUCUAAUCUGCCCUCUAAAUUACAAGGAUCGUAUAAUCAUCUUAAUGAUAAAUCUAAUGAAAACUUCUAUUCAUCACAAAUUAAUGCUAAUAAUCCAUAUAUAAACUGGGAAUCAAGUAAGUCUGAUCGUGUGGUAUUCAAUCCAAACUAUCAAAAUUUCCCAACAAAAAAAAUAGCAGAAUCACCCCAAAAUUAUUCAAAUAGACGGAACACCGAAAAAAGCCCUUUAAAUAAAGAAUCUAGUAAUUCGCAUGAAAUUAAGCAUACAUCUAAAGGACCAAUCCGAUACAAUUCAUGGAGAAAUUCCAAUUCACCUACACAGUUAUAUUCUCUUAGCAAUAGCUUAUCAAAUUCUUCAAAUAAUAAACCAUUACAAAAUACAAAUCAUAAUUUUUAUACACAUUUAUUGAAUAGUAAUAAUCUAGAUUUAAAUUACAACCUAGAAAAGAAAGAAAUUUAUCAUCAAAUGCUUAAUUAUCUCCAAUCGCACACUACAGAAUCUGUUAUAAAAUCGGUAUUAAUUGAGAAACAGCCACAAGAACAAAUAAGUAAUGUUCAUAAAGAAUUACCGAAACCACUAAUUACAUUACAAAAUCGUGAAUUUGACGAAUGCAAAAAUGUAUCGAAAUCAGUAAUACCGGUUGAACAUGUACAAUUGGUACAAAAUUUCUCAAAACAUAUUGAAUCUGUUUUUAAAAAUAAAGACCAAAACACAAAAAAUAUAGAUACUAAUGAACGUACAAAUCAUAAUGAGCUUAAAUCAACAACUGCUGCAAUUAUGACUGAUGGAAUUGAAAUUUUAUUACAACCGAGUGUACAAAAAAUAUUCGGAAAAAAUUUAAGCAAAAUUAUAAAUGAUACAACGACGAUAUAUUCAAAGCCAAAAGUUCCUGCAAAAAUACUAAUAGAAUAUGAAACCUCGAUUACAAAUACAAGUAAUGAAUUACCAAGGCCUAUAAAAAUGAGGCAUGGCAAUUAA